AUGGCAGAGAAGAUGUCCAUCGACAACAAGCCAAACCCUCCCCGCCGGGACGACUCCGACGACUCGGCCGACUCGACACCCGAGCGAGACCAGAACCCGCCACCUUCCACCAACGACCAUGGCUCCCACGACGCCCAGCAGCCAAAGCGAAAGGGCGGCCGCAAGCCCAUUUACGCAACCUCGGAGGAACGCAAGCAGAGGAACCGCCAAGCCCAAGCCGCCUUCCGGGAGCGUCGCACCGAAUACAUCAAGCAGCUCGAGGAGACUAUCCGUGUCCACGAGUCCAACCUCCACAACCUUCAGACGGCCCACCGCACCGCUGCCGAGGAGUGCUUGAUGCUUCGAUACAAGAACUCCCUACUCGAGCGUAUCCUCCUUGAGAAAGGCAUCGAUGUCCAAGCCGAGCUUCAUGCCAAGACUGGCAGCCCCAAUCUGGGCUCGACCCAUAUGCCCCAGAACUUGGUUCAGCCGCCUCCGAUCCAGCGCGCCAUUAUGAACCGACACCACCAGUCUCGCAAGUCCAUCUCUAGCAUCGCGCCCAAAGCGGAGCCGGGGGCGGUGCCGUCGUCCGCCCACAAGUCCGUCGCGUCCCCAAAGAACCGGUCGAAUCCCCCGCACGCCAGCUCGCCUUCCACUGCCUGCUCGGCCUUCUCACCCGCCCCGUCCGACAGCAUCUCGAUGCACGGCUCAGUAGCGGGGCUGUCCCGACAGUCGCUGCCCACACCGACGACCAAUUCCGCUGCGAGAUCGUCCCUGCUGCAGGCUUCGGGACGCCGCGGCCAUUCAAUUGGCAACGGGGCAUCUUUCUAUCCCACGCCCACUUUCCAGAAUCAAAUGGAGCAACAGCUGGAGCAAGAGUACGAUGGGCGAUGCGACAUGGUCGACGACUCUGAAAUGGAUACUCCCAACGGACACGCUUCAUACCCCCCGGGUUUCACCAACAACCAGCAUACCAUGCUGCUUUCACCCACCUCUACCGUUCCGAAUCAUCAGAUCUCGCACCCACACGAGUCGACCCAGCAAGCUUCGGUAUCCAACCAUCCGUUCCCUUCGAUGACGCAGCUCCUGGACCAAAAUCUCGACUGGGACCCUUUUGGCUUGAGCGCCAGCAUGGCCUUUCCAAGCCACCAGCCAUUCCAGUUUGACCAAGCAAACAUGCGUUGA